AUAACAUUGCUUGCUUGAAUAUUAAUGGUUUGAGCUGUAGAAGAUUAUGCAAUUUUUGAAUUUUGUAUUCUUGUAUCUUUUCUCUCGAUGAUUGCAGACUUGGAUUGGUUUUGAAUGAGCUGGGAUUGUGGAGUCAAAAAUAAAUAAAUAAAUAAUGCAUCAAUUCACAAUUCAGCCCUUGCCUGCCUGAGCAGCUGUGUUAUAGUUUUAGUUGGAGGUGGAGUUUUCUUGAAAGCCUGAGAAGUGCAUGGAAGUAUUGCAGGUCAUGUUUUAAUAAAGAUAUGUAUAGGUAUAGAAAACUUAAAGGUGCAGGAGGCUAUGUUUUAACUCUUGAAUUCAUAGAAAAUCCUGUAAACAUUUCCAAUGCUAGUAAAUGUGCUGUAUUGUCCUGCCUGUGCACUUUGGAGGCGGUUCUUUCCCACACACACACACACACACACUCCCUUAAGCACUUUGCUGACAGCUAUGAAGGGGGGAGUACUGCUUACUUCUGUUAGUGCUCUGAAUAAGAGUCUGUGGCAAUGUCAUAAAUGUAAAAGAAGCACUUUAGAAAGGUGUUUUCAGAUGGACUACAUGGCACGGGUAUUUUUUUCCUACUGAAGUAGGAAUGCUUGAUCUGAGCACCUUGAUCAGCUGUGCAUCAGUGGAUUUCAUCUGGAGCUCUGACAUGGACUUGCAGCUUUUAGUGUUUCUUCUGAAAGUGGAGUUACUUUUGUGCAUGUCUUUCUCUGAAGCUGUGAGCACUUCCCUGAAGCCCGGAGAUGCCCAGGAUUUUCUUGAGAAAUAUGGCUACCUCCAUGAGCAGGAACACACACACAGUGCAGACAAAGUCACAUCAGCUGUCAGGCAAUUUCAGUGGCUGUCCCAUCUGCCCAUCACUGGUAGACUGGACAGUACUACGUUGCUGAAGAUGGCAUCACCACGCUGUGGGGUGAAAGACAGAGGUAGCAGUAAAGCCUGGGCACGGCGAGUUAACUCUAUUUUUACAGGACAAAGCCAACAGCACUUUCGCAAGAAGCGCUACACUCGACCAGGAGGGAAAUGGUACAAGCAGCACCUGACGUACCAGAUAGUGAACUGGCCACGCCAUCUCUCCAAGGGGCCUGUGCGGCUGGCAGUGCGAACGGCUUUCCAGCUCUGGAGCAAUGUUUCAGGAUUGGUUUUCCAUGAAUUGAGUGAGGGACCGACAGACAUCCGGCUGGCUUUCUACGAGGGAGAGCACAACGACGGCACCAGCAACGCAUUUGAUGGCCCAGGCGGUGCGCUGGCGCACGCUUUCUUCCCAUGCAGGGGUGAGGCUCACUUUGAUAAAGCUGAGCGCUGGACUCUGAGUGGCCACAAAGGUCAUAACCUUUUCCUGGUCACUGCUCAUGAAAUUGGCCACACACUGGGAUUAGAGCACUCACCAGUCCGUCACGCCCUCAUGUCACCAUACUAUAAGAAGCUUGGCCGCAGUCUGCUGCUCAGCUGGGAUGACAUUACAGCUGUGCAACAAUUAUACGGUAAACCAUCUGGAGGUGCAGUGAUGCAGAUCCCAAGCCAAGAUCUUAGCUGGGCCAUGCAAGAUUGGGAGCUAUCUGAGGAGCCUAUGGGAGAUCUUACCCAGCCCCACUAUUGCAGGAACACAUUUGAUGCAAUCACGAUGGACGGGAACGGCACAGUGCUGAUCUUCAGAGGUGGUCUGUUCUGGACAGUGACAUCCGAAGGUAAUGGAAGUGCUCCCCUUCCUCUAAAGCAGCGCUGGCCUCAGCUUCCAUUCGCCAUCGAGGCUGCUGCCUUCUCUCCACUGGAUGGCAAACUUUACUUUUUCAGUGGCAAGCGCAUAUGGCGAUAUUCGGGCACUGUUUUGGACCUCGGCUUCCCCAGGAAGAGCAGCGAGUGUGACAUGCCACGACACCCAGACUGCGCCUUCUUCUAUGCUCCUCUGGGCCACAUGGUGGUCUUUAAAGGCUCACGUUACUUUGUACUAAACCUGGAGACACUGCGCUCUGAGCCAUACUACCCUAGAGGCCUUGCUGAUUGGAAGGGAGUGCCGCGAUGGGCCAACGGCGUCGUGACAAGAGCUGAUGGAAAGCUUUAUUUUUUCCGUGAACAGCAGUACUGGAGGUUUGAUACAAGAAAACUACGUGUCACUGCAAGUGGACAAUGGACAAAGAAGCUGGCAUGGACUGGCUGUCACAGAACUCCCUCAAAUGAUGUGCUGUGACCAGAUUCCAUAGUAAAGUGAAACAUUCUCUAACAGGGAAUAUGGAGGGGAGCUACGUGCAAUUCAACAGAAAACUGAAAAAGUCUUUUUAUUCUGACAUGUGAUUGUUUAUUCUGUCUGGUGCUAAAUGGAUGCUGUUGUAUGGUGGGGCAGGAGGACAACUUGUAGUAUGUACUGUAGUAUGAUCAUGUGGUAUGAAUGUAGAACAAUUUAUAGAACAUGACAGCAUUUUGCGUGUUGGUACAGUUUACAAAAUAUGAUUUGAAUUUAAGAAUUUUCAUGCUACUAUAACAUGCAAAUAUGUGUACCUGUAUAUAGCAAAUUGUAAUUAGCAUAAGAAUUAUUUUUUAUAUUUUAUAUGUUGUGUACACUGAUUUUCAUCUAUACAUACCACAUACAUCUAUUCCUUGAAGAAGUGGAUCAUAUUAAUAUUUAUAUUACUUGUAUGUAUAUAUACAUGAAAUUGCACCAGAGCUAAUCACUCCACUGCUUGUCAUUUUCAAAUAACUUCUUAUACAUAUUAAAGACCCCUGACUCCACCUGACCACUCUCCCACCAACAAGCCUAUAUGUAUUUUUUGUAAUAUGAACACUUUUGUGUAAAUUAUGAAUCCUUCAGAGAGCUUUCUGUGUAAUUAUAAUACAAUGAUCAACAGACCACAGCACUGUAAUGUGCAGAAGCAGUGCACAUAUCACAACUAUUUUAAUAAAAUGGAUUAAAAUGAG